ACUUGGGAACACGUUGUACACAAUUCCCUGUGUAACGGUCUUUGGCCUCUCUCUUAAUAUUCAGUAAAGCCAUUCACAUCGGAGCAUAAACGAAAGAGCCGGUAAAAGAAGUUUUUCAUGUGCACGUGCUGAACAAAUUUUUUUCCCCUUGUGUUUCCGAAUCCAAAUUUUAUUCAGUGCUUUUUUUUGGUUUUGCAAAAAAGUUAUUCUGGUGCAAAAUUGUUUAUGAAAUAACUGUUGAUAUUAUAAGUGAUUGAUGAUAUUGAAGCAAAAAAAAGUGUGUGUAAGUUUAUUUUUUGUUUUAUCUCAUUGUGACUAUUGUAUAGGAUUCAGUGAUUGAUGGAUUAUUAGAAGAUACCGCGGGGGUGAAAGGUCUUGGAAGUGGUGAAGAAACGGAAAACGGAAAUGAUCAGCGAGCUGGAAAGCAACUGGUGCACAUGCCAAUUACAUUAAGUGGCCAAUUAGGAAUUAAAAGAAGCUUUUAAUUAUCAAACCCAUCGGUUGGAAAAAUCUUAAGGAACAUCUGACCACUUGACCUUGGGAAUUUUAUAAUUCCCAUCAGCUUUUUAUUUUCAACCUCUUCUCGAGAUUAUAAUUCUUCAAAAAACUAUAUUUUUUCUUUCUACUAGAUCUAAUUACUAGAGAUUUAGUCUAUCAAGAGAUCAAUGAACAAUUCGGACUUAAAAAAGAAAGAUUGAAGAUCGUAAUUUCUGGAGUGUAUCAAGCAAGAUUCUGUCUCCCAGGUACCUAGUGAGUCCUGGGGUGGCGACAGAGGCACCUGCAGGCGCAAGAACCCCGGAACCAACAUCGUCCGUGAUGACGGUCCAUCAUCAUCGUCAGAACCACCAUGUGGCGGCGUUGAGUGGCAUCGCCGUCACCAGUAACGGACUCAAUUUGAGUAGAAUGUCGAGUUUGGAUGCCCAUCGUUUGGAUAAUAUGGUUGAUCGUAAUGGAAUUAGUAUGGAGAGACUGUCGAAUGGAUUAGACUCGAGGAAUAAUAAUAAUAGUUUGGACAGAAGUUUGGGUGAUGCUUCCACAACAAUGCCCCAUAGGUCGAGGUUUAUGAUAACCGAUAUUCUUGCUGGAGCAUCGAGUCCGUCGAGUGUACAGAGUCAGGAACCACCUGGAAGUCCACCAUCAACGCCAAGGGAUCUCAGCGUUAGGCAUCAGUCGAGAUCUUCACUCAAUAAUAGCAAUUUGGAUGAGGACAGUGAUGCUAGUCAUCAUGAUGCUGUUUCGGUGUCUUCCAAUGGUGGUAAAGAGGACGAUCCAAAGGGACCAUCUUCAAAUUCGUUGAGUUCGGCGCAAAGUAAGAAGCAAAGAAAAGCGCGAACAGCAUUUACGGAUCAUCAACUGCAAACACUGGAGAAGAGUUUUGAGAGACAGAAGUACCUUAGCGUUCAGGACAGAAUGGAAUUGGCGGCGAAAUUACAACUCACGGAUACACAAGUCAAGACGUGGUAUCAAAACAGAAGAACAAAAUGGAAGCGACAGGCAAUAGUGGGUUAUGAAAUUUUGGCUGAAGCGGGCAAUUAUGCAGCAUUCCAAAGAUUAUACGCGAGUGGCGCCGCUGGUGUUCCUGCACAUCCAGCCGCAGGUUCGUACUGGCCAUAUCCUGGAGCGGCAGCGGCACAUCAUCAGAGCGACUUCUUCUAUCGCCAGGCAGCAACUGCCGCAGUCACCUUACAGAAACCAUUGCCCUACAGAUUGUAUCCAUCAGCGCCGAUGAUCAUGGCCGGUCCCAGUACAACUCUAGGCUCAUUGGCUGCAAGUUCGAGUCUUUCAAAUUUAAGUAGUUUUUAUAGAGACAGUCCCGAAAUAAUGGAUCCCAGGGAGAGGGAGAACCUCGAGCAAUCCGUUAUGUCAAGGGACAGGAGUAAAAGUCUCGAAAGAAUUUCACCACCUAGAGAAGAUUCGCCGAAUAGUAUAAAAGCAGAAAGUGACGAAGAGAGCAUAAACGACGUUUAGAGAGUGAUUCAGUGGAGGGAAAAUUUAAAUUUAUAACAAUCCGAAAAUUCCGAAUUUCAAAAUAAUUUACAUUUCGCUUUUUUAAAAUUUACUUUUCUCUAUCCAGGUGAUAAAUUUUUCAUUUUACAUACUUUCACUUGAAAAGAUUUCCCAGAAGAUAAUGAAACUUUCAUCGACAUUCCAAAAAUAUUUUCCGAUGUAAUUUCCAACUUCUGGAAAAUAUUUCCAAGUGAGCCAUGAGCAUAUUUUUGAAUGUUUUUUUAAAAAAUGAUUUGAAAGAUAUUGGUACAGAUAAAAUUGUUAUUUCCAAAAUAAUUUUUAGAAAGUCUCAAAGGCCAAAAAUAAGGGGAAAAUAAUAAUAGAUUCACAUGAUACAAUCGUGUGACAAGUAAUCAAAUCGCAAAGCGACAUUAUUGUGCAACAUUGUAAAUAAAGAAAUAAAAUUUUUAAUAAAUAAGAAAAGCUUCCAUUUUGUCAACGUAUGGAAGCUAUAAUUUUGAAAGGUUUCCCAAAAAGUGGCACCUAGAAAAUUCUUCGGAAUUCCGAUAUUAAUCUUUCCGGAUAUCAAUAUCGCAGAAUCCAAAAGAAAUUUCAGAAGUCACUUUCAAGAAAAUCUUUCCAAAUGGGUUGUACUAUUGCAUUAGAACUUAAAUUGUAAGAUUUUUAAGAAUUGUAAAUAAAAAAAAAAGAAAUGCGCACUGAAGAUGGAAAAAUUGGCAUAUACGUAAAAUCGUAUAUAUAUAUAAGGGUGUAAAAGAAGAAAAAAAAGAUUUCUAAUCUCUAGGGUUAUAAGUCGAGGCCAACGGAAGUAAAAUAUUUCAAAAAGUAUUUUUCAGACUUUGAAUAUAUCCGUCGCAAUAUAAUUGUUGAAAAAACGUCGAGAAAAAUAUCAACCUUGGUGGCACAAGUGCAGUACUAAAUACAUAAAAAAUACAAUUUACAUGUUACUUUCAAUCAUUUGUUUCUUUGAAACUUGAACACUCAUUUUAUUCAUUUUUACGAGGAAAUUCCUCGUAAAUUUUUUUUUACUUUACAAACCGCUAUUUUUCUAUUCUUAAAUUAACA